AUGGCGGAAGCCUUUGGAGCCGUAGGCCUUAUCACACUACUCGAGGAAGUUGGAAGGCGCCAGCAGGCAUUGCCCCCGUUAAUUAAUCAGUGGACUAGGCAAGAGAGAUUCCAAAAUCCCCUCAGACGAGAGACAAUCCGAAAACUCCUUAAAGAAUACGACGAAUCACUGAGACAGCUAGGCAGUCUUAACCCUUCAAUUAAUAGUUUGCUGCAGGAAUUUGAAAGAAAGAGAUUAAGCGCCAUCAAGUCUUAUGCCGUUCCUGGCCUGGUCAAAGAUGUACCAGUGCUGGCCUUCCCCGACACGGGCUCUAGCCUCAACACCAUAUCAGAAAGCUUUGCUACCGUCCAUGGACUUUCCAUCACAAGGACUAAAGAACGCUCCUUUCGUUUGCCAAAUGGCCAACAGUCCCGAACCAUCGGCAUCGUGGAAGCCAACUUCAGAUUUCAGGGAGAGCAGGAUCAACACACCUGCGUCUUCCAUGUUCUUCCUCAGUGCCCUGAGGAUGUCAUUCUGGGGAAAGGGUUCUUGAACGCCACAAACACUCUAUCGACUCAUGCUAAGCGAAUUCAAGAGCGAGUGCGUCCAUGUCUCAUCUCUGGUUCUCGUGUCUUCUUUCUGGCAGAUAGUGAAGACGAGAGCCACGAUGGUCCGAUACAAGAGCUCAUCCCAUGCACAGUCAAUGGACAAGAUGCACUUUCUCUUCCAGACACUGGUUCAGAUCUGAUGCUUCUCUCCAGAGACUUUGCCCACGCGCACGGCUUCUACGUUUACACUGAGCUCCGGAGACUAGUUCAGUUAGCCGAUGGCUCAUCAGCCUGGACAGAUGGCAUGGUUUUAGAUGCUGAGCUGGGCUUCGAUAUUCCGCCCACAGUUGAAAUGCAAGGACCAUGCCUAGAGUACGAUCUCGUUGAUUAUAUAUUUCGUGCUGAAGAUCUAGCAAGGGCGCUUACUAGGCUCAAAAGAUCAACUGAGAAAAGACAGCAACUCACACUACUCUACGAUCUACUGGUCAUGGAAAACCUGCCCUUCGACGUGAUUCUGAGCAGUCAGUUUGUGUUUGACCAUAAGGUAUUCUCCACGUUUCGCGACCUUUUCAUAACGGAUCAAGAGCAUAGUCAAAAACAACGGAGCGCUGUUGAGAGAUCAAAGAGUGCUAUUUAUAGAGUGAAGAUUAGAGAGGACUCUUUGCGAGCCAAGCUGCGAUCAAUAUUUGGUCGCCCCGCUCGGCAGGUACGCCAAGAGCCCACAUAUGGGCGAGACAUUUGGGAACAGACCAUAGAGGAUGAGGAGGUGAAGAGAAAUCGUAACGAGCGAGAAAUUCAGAAACUUCCCCAAGCACUACGCAAGGAGGAGUUGAAGAGAGAGAAACAACGGCAGGCCGAUUGGGACGCCGGGCAUACACCUUCUCAAAGGCAAGAAUCACAAUCAUGA